AUGGCCAAUACCGCUGGGAAAUCAGAUCCGUCCUCUGUGUAUAUCAAAGCUACGCAGUACUUCGUCAACCAGAAAUUGGAGGACCUAAAAAACAAGACCUUCGACUUCAAGGAGAUUUCACAGGGAGACAAGCUUACUUCUGGAUCGCUCUCCUGGAAUGAACUGCGCUCUGACUUCCAGGAAGAUGUCAUCACUUCAUCUCGCGUCGCUAUCAUAGGUGCUGGUGUGGCGGGCCUCAGGACUGCCAUGCUUCUGGACAAGCUCCAAAUACCCUACAAGAUUUUCGAGGCCAACGAUGGUCCGGGUGGUCGCCUUUUCACCUACCACUUCCCAUCCGAUGACAAGAGUCCGGCUGGGAAGCAUGACUACUAUGAAGUUGGAGGAAUGCGCUUCCCUGAUAACGCUGCCAACAAGCCCACUUUCGAUCUGUUCAAAGAACUCGGAUUCCACUUCCGAAAUGACCAGAAUCCAAACGGGGAACUUAUCCCUUUUGUGUACGGCCUCGACGACAACAUUAGGUACUUCAAUAACAUCACGUCCACGGCGAGACAGGUGGCGGAUGGCUUCAACCUUUUCCAAGAAGCCACUCCAAUCGGAAAUGUCCCGCAAGACUUUACAGAUAUGAUCGACACCGAUGAACAGGGAAAUGUGUACCGCGGAGUGGAUGCUUGUUUCUAUAAAGCCUUUAACGGACUUCGUGCCAAGCUUCUCGCCAAUUUUGACGAAGAGUGGCCAAAGCUUUUAAAAGAAUGGGACUGGGCAUCAACGCGUUCGUACCUUGCUCAGGGACCAGAGUUGAAAUUCCCAACCACUGUCAUCGAUUGGAUUGAGAAGCACAAGUCUGGAACUGGACGCUACUCAAGGGCUGUAGUCGAAGAAGUUCUGGAAUCCAUCACCUUUGAUCACCCCAGGUCUGAACAUUUCGACUGGUGGUGCAUCGAAGGCGGCAGCGAAGGAUUGAUCAAAAAAAUGCUCAGCACUCUGUCGACUCAGCCGACCUAUAACAGCCGCGUCACAGCAAUCUCUGAGCAAACCACCCUUGACCCAUGCAAACGUAUGAGGGUCAGCAUUCAUGGCCAAGGUGACGAAUACUUCUCGCAUGUCGUUUCCACCGUCACCUUCUCUGUCCUUCGCACCAUCGACACCGAUGGCGUGCAGAUGAACUUUGGUCAACGUGAGGCCCUUCGAGCUCUGAACUACGGCCAGUCUAUAAAAAUUGCGAUGAAGUUCAAGAACCGCUGGUGGGAGAACAAGAAUGUUGUUAAAUCGUCUCAAGCCGGAGGAGCGAGCCGAACCGACAGGCAAAGUCGCGUUGUCGUUUAUCCCAGUUACGGUUUGAAUGAAGAUGGGCCUGGUGUUCUGAUGGUCUCCUACAAUUGGGACCAAGAUGCCGCGCGUUUCGGUUCGCUGAUCAAGAACACCGAAUCUCGCACUGAACAUCCAACCCCUGGCCGAACUCCAACCAAAUUCGAGCAGGUUCUCCUGGACCAGAUCUAUGAGGAUCUCACCAUAUUGCACGCGCCUGACAAACAAAAGCGAGCUGAAUUCAAGAAAAAGUUGAUCGAUGAUACCCUCGAUUUCCAUGCAUUCGACUGGUACCACAACCCAUACACCAUGGGCGCUUUUGCACAAUUCACGCCGGGACAGUUCAGCACGCUGUACGCCGAUAUCUUGCAGCCUGCUGGACGUCAUGGAAACUUCCACUUUGCCGGGGAGCUUGCCAGCCACCACCACGCGUGGGUUGCUGGUGCCAUCGACUCUGCUAAUCGUGCCGUUGGCCACAUCGAGCAAGAUCAUUUCACCAAGGCGAAGUGGUACAAGGCGGGCUCCAAAGUGCCCAGGAGUUUGGUGUUUGAUUCUGAUGAUAGCAUGGUCCUAUAUCACUUGCUUGGAAAGGUCACGGAGCAAGCUUCGUAG